GUCAUCAACGGAUAGGAUAAAAAUUUCUCGCCGUGAUAAGAGAAAUUAUAGUUAUGAUUAUUUGAAAUUAUAAAUUUAGCGAAUUAUACUUAAGAUUCUCUUAUCACUUCACCAAUCAAAAUUUUUGAUAACGAUGUGCCCAUUGAGGGAGAUCAAGUCCCCUUUGAAAACUUGGACAAAAACAUGCCUGGAAGGUUUUCCCAAUGGUGGUGGGUCACUCUCAAGAGCUACAUGGUAGGUGUUUCACUGCCUGCAAAUUCUCACAUCAAUCACUCUUAAUUCCACUGGCUCCCGUUUUCUCCCAAAAUAUGUGUAUCUUACUUGCCCACUUGCCCAAAAUGCAGCAUCAAUUGUGCAUUCUCUUCUUACUAUCCCUACUUUUCUUGCAAAACCAUACGAAAUUUUGUAAUGGGCUGUCAAUUACGGAGGUGAAUUCACUGACAAAUGAUGAAUUGGAUGCAAUGGUGAAAAGGGUCUGUCGAGGAAAGAUCAGCGAUUGCCUAGGAAGGGCAGUGGAUGAAGAUGAUCAGAUGGAUUCUGAGAGUAAUAGGAGGGUUUUGAUGUUUCAGAAAAGGUAUAUAAGUUAUGAUACCUUGAAGAGGGAUACUGUGCCAUGUUCGAAACCUGGAGCUUCAUAUUAUAACUGCAAAGGUGUAGCUAAUUCUUAUAGCAGAGGUUGUGAGCUCAUUACUCGGUGUGCGAGGGGAGAUUAGUUGCUUCAAGUCUUGGGUUUUUUACAUUGGAAGAUGCUGCUAUAGGGGAAUUCAAUAAAUUGCUGCAGAAGCACAAGGUAGACCCAAGAAAGUUAAGUGGAAGCUAAUUCUCCUCAAGCUUAUAGAGUUGCCCUUAGCAAGAGAAGACACUGGAGAUACUAUGAGCAACUUGCAGCAUUCUAGCUGAUAAAUGACAUGUUUGUACUCUGUAAUUAUGUAUUCUUUAUUUAUGGGAACACAUUGCUUAGCACUAUAAAGUGUUUACCAAUCAGUCAAUUUUUAUUUUUUAUUUCCUUACUCAUCAAUCAGUCAAUUCUUUGUUAUCCUAUAGGCUUAAUCCGCAUUCAGUUUUAACAUAGUUGAUACUUGAUACACUUUGUUUAUAGGUGGCAAUGGCAGAGACAAGUGCAAGCUGAGCAUCGAAUUUCUCGUGAGAGCCAGCUCAUUCCACCAUGUGGCGAGUUAGUUGGACGAGGCAAACCCACAUGUGGUGAAGCGAGCCAACCCGCAUGGUGGGCCGAGUCGAGCCUGACCGUGAGCGUGCCGAAUGGCUCGACUCGGUCCAUUUAACACCCCUAACCCAACCACGCUUACACAUUUUGGCUCAACAAGCAAACUAGCUAUGCUUUUGCGUAGUUGACUGCAGAAUUAAGGCAGCAAAUGCACACAAAAUAGACAAAAGCAAUCUUUAGUACUUAUUUGUCAAUGUACCUUUUUUAUACUAAUUUUAGCAUUUCCUAUAGAAAUCUCUCUCACGAACCGUAAUGAUUUAUUGUAGUAAAAGUUAUUCACUUU